CAACAAGAGGAGCAGCGACCGGGAGCCAGCAGACACACACUGAUACGCAGCAGCGACCGUCGGAGGAGCGGGGGGAAAUAGUGAACACAACGCGGAGCACGACUUUGUGGAAGUGCGAUUCUGUCGAAUGAAUACGUUUACAGUGUUUAAAGAGACCAAUGCAGGCGACAUAUUGGCUGUAGCCGCGCCGCGCAGACCAGCAGUCUGGUAGCUACACACAGUGAAGUGGUGCACAGGGAGGAGGACAGCAAAUAACGGAGUUACCUGGAGGGUGUCCGUUAAUCCACAUUUCAGUUGGAGUGAGAGAAAAGGGCACGGCGGGAGAGAGAGAAAGCAGAAGAGGAGUGCGUGUCGCGUCUGCUCUUGGCAGCUGUUCCAGCAGCCUGUUUCAUCCUUUCGGCUGAUAUUUCAUUUUUGAUGAAUCAGUUCAUAUUUUUAACUUUAAUGUGAGAUAUAACUGCUGUAGUAAAACAAAAAAGGAAGACAGAAAAUAUUAUUAAUAGCAAGUGUUUUUAUUUUGUUCCAUCAUUGUUUUCCGAGGUUCUUUUUGUUUCUUUUUUUUAUGUUUAACAACCUUUUUCGGCUGUGAGUAGCAGGAGCUUCCAUUCUCCAAACUAUAGUCGAAACCCCUUCCUUACUUAGUUAGGACCUGAUAACCUGGUAUUCCUCAAGCACCUGAAACUGGCAGCUAUUCUCUUUGUGUCUGUGUGUCUGGGGAGCUCUGUGACCACAGCUUAAGCACCACUCAGCCUUCUUGUCACCUAAGCCUAACUAAAGCCAGCCAGCACUAGCCUGGUCCAGCCCAGUCCAGCCUGCUCCGAUCACUUGGACAGGAUACUCAGUUCUGUGUCGACGUGAGGAAUAUGACUGCUGAGACUCUUAACUUCGGCCCAGAAUGGCUCCGUGCACUGUCCAGUGGGGGGAGUGUGACGUCCCCCCCUCCUUCCCCCGCCAUGCCAAAGUACAAGCUGGCCGAUUACCGCUACGGCCGAGAGGAGAUGUUAGCACUUUAUAUCAAAGACAACAAGGUCCCAGAGGACUUGCAGGAUAAGGAGUUUGCUGCUAUUCUGCAGGAUGAGCCCAUGCAGCCACUGGCACUGGUGCCUCUCACUGAGGAGGAGCAGAGGAACUUCUCCAUGUCUGUGAACAGUGUGGCAGUGCUGAGGCUCAUGGGAAAAGGGGUCAGCGCAGCUGCCCCAGCUGGAGUGGUCCGAGGACGAGGGACCGCACGAGGCGGUCGAGGACGAGGUCGUGGUGAAGGUGCAUUCUACCAAAGAAGUAUUGAGGAAGUGGAGGUGGGUUUUGGCCACCCUGGGCGAGAGAUACACCGCAGCCAGAGCUGGGAUGACAGGGGUGAGCGUCGUUUUGAGAAGCCGCUACGGCGGGAAGUGGGGCGUCCUGGCUUUGAAGAGGUCGUAGUCCCCGUGGUUCCAGGGAGGAAGGACUUCACAAGGGCUGACAGCGAUAACUGGCGCACCCUCCGGGAGGAGCAGGAGGAGGAGGAAGGGGCGGUGGCAGGGGCGGAGCCAGGCACCAACUGGAGACUUGCUCUAUCCCGCAGAGAUGUAUCAUCAGUAUCUGUUCUGUCAGAUGGCUGUCCUCGCUCAGCAGGCUGGCGGGAACAUCCCGGGCCAGGCGAGAGUCGUCGUCGGAAGUUUGAUUUCGACUUCCGGGAAUCUGACGGACGUGGUGGUGGUGGUGGUCGCCGGCGUGCGGGCAGUGAGGGACUAGAGGACGACAGGGACGGCCUGCCAGAGUGGUGCACAGAUGAGGAAGAUGGGGAGAUGGGCACGUUUGACUCCUCUGGAGCCUUCAUGCCUUUGAAGAAGGGUGGCAAGGACAUAUUCCUGGACGAUGAGUUUGACUUUAAGGGGAUAGAGGAAGAGGAGGAGGAAGAGGAAGAAGAGGAGGAGGAGCGUUUCACUGAAGCCGAGAGGAACAGCCCUGAAGGACACAACGAGAGUAAAGAAACUGGCUCUGCUGUGGCUGAUGGUGAGGCAAAGCCAGCAUCCCCCUCCUCUUCUCCUCCAACACACUGUACCCCUCCAUCCCUGGAGCCUCAGCCCAGCAACGCAUGCACAGUUGUUGAUAACACUCAGCUGAGCAACAGCCACCCUGUCAAGACCAACAGCACGCAUCGUGAAGACUUUGCUCCGCUAGGAUUUUCCAAGGCCCGGAUGAGCUCCAGCACCACCUCCCACAUUCUGCCUCCCCCACCCUCUUCCUCUGCUGCUCCUCACCUCCCCCCGUCUGGAGGAGACAAUGAGGAUGAUGAGGGCAUGAAGCACCUGCAGCAGGAGGCAGAGAAGAUGGUGGCAUCACUACAGGACACCUCUUUGGAGGAGGAGUGUUUCACCCAGGCUCUGCAGCAGCACGAGAGCAGGAACACUGCAGCCGCACUACCACUGUCUCAUGAAGCUGCUAUGAAGUGGUUCUACAAGGACCCACAGGGAGAAAUCCAGGGUCCUUUCACCACGGUGGAGAUGUGCGAGUGGUUCCAGGCAGGCUACUUCACCAUGACCCUGCUGGUGAAGCGGGGCUGUGAUGAGGGAUUUCAGCCCCUGGGGGACGUGAUCAAAAUGUGGGGCCGUGUACCCUUUGCCCCAGGGCCCUCCCCGCCGCCCCUGUUGGUGAGACAGCCACCACCAACGCAGCGCUCGCAGACCUCCCGGGGGACCGCUGGGACUGGAGACCAGGAGCGCCUGAAGAAGCAACAGGAGCUGGCGGCAGCAGCUCUAUAUCAGCAGCUCCAACAGCAGCAGCUAUUCCAGCUCAUUAACAGGUGCAGUGAGCAGGGUAUGAUGCCUUCGAUGAACAGAUCGAUGUCAGUGCCAGAUACAGGGUCCAUGUGGGACAUGCAUACCUCAGCUUCACAGCCAUCCGGCGGUGAAGCCAGUCUUUGGGACAUAACAAUGAAUCCUACUACUCAGGGUCCAACUCUCGAACAGCUUCAAAAGCUCCAGCAAGAGAGGCGAGACGCUGAACUCAGGGUGAAGCGUGAGGAGGAGGAGCAGCGUAAGAGGAGAGAAGAGAAGAGGAGGCUACAAGAGGAACAGAAGAGGAGGGAGGAAGAGGAGCUAUUCAGACGCAAGCAGUGUCGUCAGCAGCAGGAACUGAUCAUGAAGUUGCUGCAGCAGACGCCCCAGCAGCAGGGUCCAGGGGCAAGCAGCUCGGGCUGGAGUGGGGGUCCCUCCUCUGGCCUCACCAAAGCAGUUAAAACCCCAGCUAUGGCUCUGAUGGAAAUGCAGCAGGAGGCAGAGAGGCUUCUGAAGCAGCAGCAGCAGCAGAGAGCCCAGCAGCAGAGAGAGCGCCACUCCGGCAUGUCAAUGGGGAGCUCCUCUAUGGGAGGUCAGUGGGCUGAUGGUGUUGGCAUGUGGGGUGGGCCUGGCGGUAUGGAGGGUAAAAGCAGCAGUGGAAGCUCUUCAGGCAGCAUGGGCAUGUGGGACGAGGCUGUGAAGAACCAGGCCAGCCUGCGUGGCAACAGUAACAACAACAUGGGCUUGAAGAACAGCCGCAGCAGCCCGUCACUCAGUGAUCAGUACAUGAUGCGCCGUAAGCGGACAGAGGAGGAGGAUAAGCUGCUGAAGCUGCUGCAGGGCAUGAAGCCCCAGGAUGGCUUCACCACCUGGUGUGAGCAGAUGCUGCAUGCUCUCAACACCUCUGCCAACAACUCCACCUCCUCUUUGGAUGUUGCCACAAUUGUGGCGUACCUGAAGGAGGUGGAGUCACCCUAUGCAGUGCUGGACUUCAUCAGGUCCUACCUAGGGGACACAGUGGAAGCCAAAGAGUUCGCCAAACAGUUUCUGGAGCGACGUGCCAAACAGAAAGCCAACCAACAGAGACAGCAGCAGCAGCAGUUAUCAAAGGAAGUGGCUGGAUUGAACAUGAACUUCCCUCUGCAGGACUCAAUGCGAGGAAUGAACCCAAGCACCCUGCAGUCCAUGUUUCAAACCAACCACAUGGGCAAGGCUGGUCUCUACGACAACCAGGGGGGGAAGAUGAAAAAGAAACAGCCCAUGAUGCUGCACUCUGACCCCAGCAUCUUAGGGUACUCUUACCACAACGCGGGCGAGUGUCUGAGCCUGAAUGAGAUGGAGAUGGUGGAGGAUUACUGAUGUGACGCAGCAAUAGCUACCUGAGGCCUUCUGUCUUUUAAUCAGACAAACCUGAUGACGAAUGUGCACUGCUGGGGGAAACAAGGGGUGGGGGUAGGGAGGGAGCAAGCGUGAGGGGAGGUGCAGGGUGGAGGUGCCUGGAUCUGCGCCUCCCACUCGUUCCUUCUCUCUGGAAAAGACGCAAAGGGCUCCCUGCUGCACCAGUUGAUCACUUGAGCAGGGGAGAUGGGGGGUGAGGUUAAAAGGAAGAUGGGUAUCCUCUGGCACUCAAAAGAUUAAGCACCUUAUACUGAACUAAUGCACUUUAUUGAGAUGGGAUUUGAAUAUUUUUUUUUUUCAUGUGUGUGAAUGUGAGAGCGUUUGGAAUCAGUGCGCAUACGGGAUGUGUGUUCAUACACAACAUCUGUGUGCAUGUGCAUCAGAACUGGAAGGGGGCGGUGAAACAGUCGGUGGGGUGAAUGGUCGGGCUGUUAGGUUUUCAAAGUCAGGGGGACCUUUAGUUGAAACCUUAUCAGAGAGCAAAUCCUUUCUCAAAAGACAAACACUGUUGAUAUUUCUCUUGUUUAGCAUUUUUUUACGUUUAUAUAAAAAGUAAAGCUAUUGAAAAAUGGAUUAUAAAAAAACUUGAAGAUUUGCACUUGCCUAAAAAAGAAAUAACAAAACAACAAAAAAAAUCAAACAAAUGGGGUUAGUUAUAGAAGUGAAUAUUUUUUUAUGAAUGUGUAUGAAUGACAGAGUGAGUGUGUGAUGGUUGGUUUGUGUCAGUAAUAUACCAGUCUGCACAAUGUUUCUUUUUCUUUUGUUGCUUACCAAGAUGUAUGAAAAAUAAGAGGCCAUUUUUUGUCUUUUUUUUUUGUUUUGUUUUGUUUAAAUGGUAAUUUUGUAUUCUCAUGUUAAGAGCAUGUAUGUAUGUGCGUGCGUGUCCCUUCUCCAAACAGGGACUUGAUCUCCAUGUUUUGAGUGAGUAUGAAUGCGAGAGAGAGACAGAGAGAGAGAGGGCAAUUGCACAACACAUCCUUUCUCUCACCAGCUCUUCUUCCCCAGUUAGACGAAAUUCGAAAAACGCAUACAUUUGUAAAUGUCAGCUUUCGCGCUCAUAACCUGAUGACCACCACUAGUUUAUUUCCCUUAGCGUCUCCCCAUUGGGAGCUGUCUCUGGACCUGUGAGGACUGGUAGACAGGGCGAAUCAUGAGGGACAUUACUGUGUGUGCAUCUGAAUGAGUGAGAGAGAGAGUGCAUGUUCAUUUAUUGUUCAUAGAAAUGAGUUGAGACUACAGGUACUCAUUUUGAAUACAUGUGCUUUUUUUUGUAUGUGUAUGAAUGCACAUUUGUGCCUAAGAACUUGGAUAGGGUGCAUGGCCAUUGAGACAUUAACUCUUUUUUGAGAGCAGGUGUGACGUGUGUCAGUGCUCAGCACAGUGUAUGUAAAGUAUGAAAGUUUGUAUCGUAAAUAAUUCUAGUUCAGUCUAGGGGUGAUCCAUCGGAAGGUUAGUCCAGUCUGUUUUCCUGGGGUGUGAUCACAUUGCCUUUCGUCAGCUCUCGAACUUGUGAAUGAAAGGUGUUGAGUUUCUGACUCUGAAAAAAGCAUCUUAAUGUGCAAGUGCACAGAACGGUGCAUGAAAUGUUAGCAUAUUGUGUUACUUAUUCGUUGUUGCAAUUUGAUAAUAACGAGUUUUCUUUUUUUAAUGAAAAAUAUAUAUGAAUAUAUACAUUAUAUACAAAGUUUAAAAAGUAUUUGGACUAAGAUAAUGAGCACUUGGGGCUGCUAUUUUUGUUGUUUUUUAUUUUUUUUUUCCUUAAUUUUUUUUGUUUCAUUAUUGCCAUGUGAAGUGUGUAUUAUUUCUUUCUUAAGAAAAUAUUGAAUGUAUUCCAAAAAAAUGACAAGAAACCCGUGCUGAUACCAGAUAUUAUUGUUUUUCCUCAGAAGAUUUCAAAAAUGGAAACAAUAACAAAAAAGCUUCAGAGUUCAGCGAGGUCUUUUUUUUAUUAUUUUCAUAGUAGGGAAGAAAAAAAAACUUGGGAUGGAAACAGUUGAACACACUGCCUCUACAAUCCUGGUCGUACAAAUAGUGACUACGAAUUCAAAGAAAGGACCCUUUCUAUUCCAUACUGGAGCUUUGGUUGUUUACAAACCACACGGAUAUCUGUGGGUGCAGUUUUUUUUUUUUUUUUUCAAUGUUUGUUUGUUUUUUGGUUAAAAUGAGACGGGUGGGGUUUGCAAGUGCGCUUCUGCCAUAUGGACAUUGAGUGGCUUUGGAUUUUUUUUGAGGAAGGGUAGCAGGCAUCACAACAACAACACGGACACGAUCCUCAAACCAGACGGUAGCGUGUGGUCGUUGAUCCUGAAACUCGAUGAUCAACCGCGGAGCAGAGGUGGACAAAUCAAGGAUUGCCUCUGUUAUGUGGCGAACGGAGUGCCCUAGAGGGAACUGCGAGGGCGACAUGAGUACACCUGGUUUGUGCACUUGUCUUCACCUCAACCCUCAAGUACUCACACCCUGCCCUCAACAACUCACCUAUGCACUUUUGUUCAUUCAAGCUGUGAGGUACCAUUUCGGGGAUGGGAGCACAAUUACAACAGGAGGAUUGCUGCGACUUUGACAAAGUCACUGAAAAGAUAUUCCCAAACUGAAAUAAGAGACUAGAGAAGCUCCUCUUCUCUCACCUCCUGUACAUAGUCAUAUUUUUGUAUUACCUUUCAGAGUAGAAAGAAAAUUUACAAAUGGAUGAAGGAAAAUUCAUGAGACAUUUGAUUACAUGGAGUGAAUGUUCUUCAAGAAAACCAAUCUUUUAUAUUUUUUUUCUUUGAAAAAUGGUUUAAGAAAGACUGAGUCUUUGCUGUGAAUUUCCCUUAGUUUGCCAGUAACCCUGAAAUAACCAGGGAUGGAAGGGAAAACCGCACGGACUGAGGUGCUGGACAUGCUGCAGUGUCUCCAAGACUCACUGGUGGUUGCUUUUGGAAGUUGAUGUUGCUGUGGUUGCAAAGCUCCAACGAGUGUUCGCCGAGGCACCCUGAGGAGCUUUGGAUGAGGAUGCUUCCACUUCAUCUCCUGACCUGGUGACUACCUUGAGAGCUGUAGCAUGACUGCAGGAGGAACAAUUCUUGACAUUGGCUUCUGGCUGUGCUUUGUUUGCUGCCCUCUACAAGGAGGAUCUGAUCUACAGCCAAGCCAAGAAACCAGUCAACCCUAAACCUGGCCUUUGAACUUAAACCCUAAGAAACUUUUCUGUCUUGACCUUGGACUGGGCAGGCCAUUGGCAUUAUCAGUUUGACAGCGGCCAGAUGAAGUUCAUCAACCAUGGAUUUCAUCUGUGUUGGAAGUUAGGAUGGGCAUUUGAUCAAGCGCUCUUUGGCAAGAGUAUAAAUGAAACACAAGUUGCCCAGAUGUCAUCAUCCACCUCGGCGUGAAACUCAGGCGGAUUGGUGGAGGUCUUUUAACCAGAGCGGCCAGAGGAGCUGCCCAUCUGCCCAGACGUCACAGACGGGAGAUCUGGGUCGGGGUUCGGCUGCUGUGGCUGGAUUACAUCUAAGCCACUGUAAAUCCCUGCAGCUGUGGAACUGGAUGAACUAAAUGAAUUGUACAAAAAAAAAAAAAAAUAAUGACUUUGAAACAUGACAAUACAAACACGUAGCUACAUGUCCCAUAGAUUCAAGAGUCCAAAGGCAGACACUACACGCACACUUGGAGCAAAAGCAACGUACACUCAGUUACAUUGGUUCUCCUCUGGAAGCACGUCUGCACACAUGACAGGGCUACACCGAUAGCAAAUCACACAUGACAAAUGCAGACUCACAAGCAUCGAUGCUCGUCACUAUAAAUGCUGAGCUUUGUAAAUAAUGUAAACGUUUGUGUUUUUGAUUUUCCUCGAUAGGUUUUGCUUUAUUUCUCUGUUCAACAUGCCUUAAAUUGUAUAGUUCAGUCCAGAACAGCAAACUGAAAAUCUUCUCGAAAAGAUGAGGCGGACUAGUUGUUGGAAACCACCAUGUCAGCUGUCCUCUCGAGUUAAAGAAAGAAGAGCUUUCGGCGACACUGUUUUCUUUCGGCUAACAGAACUGUCUAUUCUGUAUUGUAUUGAUAAAAUGUACAUCUGAUCACCAUGAAAGUUCAGAGUUCGCUACAGUAACAUGCAGCAACGUGAUCUUUGAUUAAUCUGAUUUUGCUGGUGGUUGGCUUACGUUGCCCUUUUGGUUUCCUUAAAAAUUAAGAGUGGGUUUGUUUUGAUUUUCUUUGUAGGUUAUUGCUAAAAGUGCAGGCUGAAAUCUGUACUGUGUGGAGCUGAGCUGACAGGGUGGGAUGCACUGACGUGUGGCUGUCCGGUGACUAUUGUUGGGGACACUGCUCUAGGCUAAAGUGAACCAGAGUGGCAGGUCAUCUGAUAACAAGUUGGUGCUUUUUGGUUGUUUAUCUUUCUACACUCCAGGGACUUGAAUCAUUCAGACGAUGAGGUACUUUUUUUUUUACAGUUUGGAGAUGGCGAUUCAGGCUUGUAUAAGAAAAAACUAUUUGUUGGUUUUGACACUAAACCUUGAAGUGGGUCGCUUCAUGGUCCAGACGACCUCGGGUCGCCCCUGGGUCCACCUCGGCUGGCACUGAAUAGAGAAGGACUCGGCCGGUGGCUUGUGUGUUAUGUGAGCGCAACUUCACGCAAAUGUGGAUGGUGUCUUGUGUAUGUAUAUCAAAGUGGAGGUGCUGGAAGAAAAGCACUUUUAGUCGACGAGUAGUUUUCCCUUAUAGUGUCUUUGAUUACUAAAAAAUAUGCAGUUUUUAAAUCUAUAUGGCUACAGAUAUUCACCAAAUACUAUCCGCUCAGACUUGUACAUUUUGAUUAGCUGAGGUUCUGGUAGAUUGAUAGCUGCCACAGUUUGUCAAAGCUGUUGAGUUGAUACUGAAUUAAAUACCAAAUGUUUGACCAUUUUAAAAGCCACUACUGUGUGGGAUUAGUCGUUAGUCAGACGGUCUGUCUUAAAGGAGUAAACUGUAUUUGUCUGCAGUUUAUUUUACUGAACUACAAAGGCUUUUAUGAUUAGGGAAACUGCAGAAUUGUCGUCGAGGAGCCCUGGAUGUUUGGUUGUUGUCUUUAGAAAAGAUCCCGUCCUCUGGUGAAGUUGAUCCUCUGGUUCACCGUAGCUCUGGAGACUGUAGCCCCAGCAAUAUCGGCCUAGAAGACCUCGUGAAAGUUGUGUCCCAGUCCGCCUCAGCUCCUCCCGCUUAAUAAGUAUUUUUGAAUGUAAAAUAACAGCAAACAUUUAAUGAAGCCGUUUUGGAAAGAACAACUGAAAGAUGUGUAAAUAGUUUGGCUUUUGUUUGUUUGAAGAACAAAAUAAAUCCUGAAUCCUGAAUAAAUAGCAUUUAGCAGUGA